CCCAGACGUGUGUGAGGUCAGCUGUCUGUCUGGCACAGAUGUGUGUUGGAUGGGCCUCCAGCUGUUUGCGGGGAAUCAUGAUGUCUGGACCUAUAUGGUCUGGAUAGGAGGAUCCUCCCUUUCCAGCCUGUGAGCUCACCACAACUUUUAAUUAGACCGGAUUCGCCAAUUAAAGGGCUGUCCAGUCGGCCGGUCUCUCACAGGCUUUUAAAAGCAGCAGGAGUCUGAACGGCAGCAGCAGCAGCAGCAGACAGAGAUUGAACUGAAGAUGUCUUCCACUUUGCUUUGUGCCGGUAUUAUGUUGGCAUGUGCGGUGACACUUAGUGAAGCUCAGACGAGCUGUAAAGGACGAUGCGGUGCUGAGUACUACAGGGGUUACAUGUGCCAGUGUGAUUACACCUGCCUGAUUUAUGGAGAGUGCUGCGAAGACUAUGAAUCUCAAUGCACCACAAAAAACUCCUGUAAGGGUCGAUGUGGAGAAUCCUUCAACAGAGGCCGGCGGUGCACCUGCGACUCGGACUGCUUCAAGUUCAAGCAGUGUUGUCCAGAUUACACGAGCCACUGUGAUGCAGAGGAGGAAAUCAGUGGAGCAGCCAGUGCAACAGCACCAGUGAAGACUAGUUUAUGCGAUAGUGUAAACAAUAACAAACCCACAGAGCCGCCUCUGCUGGGACCAGAGGAGCAGCCGUCUACGUUCAGUGAGGAAAACAGAGCAGAUGAAGAUUCAACUCCUCUGGUUGGUCUCACCUCAUAUCUACCAGAUGACUCCAGUGAUGACACAAACAACCAGCUCCCUCCGGACUUGGAAUUCACCAACACUGGACAAGAGGAGACCACUCCAGUCCCAGAAGGCACCAGUGGUUUGGGGUCGUCCACAGCUGAUCCCCUGGAUCACGUCUCCACUGAACCCGACCUGCAGCCGGACAUUGAGGAGUUCAGCCCAGAGAUGGUCACAGUCAUUUCUCAGACAGAAGCGACUCAGACAGACGAUGAACCCGAGGAUUCCAGUGAUCCAGGAACAACCCUCGCUCAGGCCACGACAGAGCAGGUCCUGGACCAGCCGACACCAACCUCAGCAGCCCAGGCAGAGGUUUCUGCCACAGCCAGCAACCCAGAGCCGGAGGGUACCGUCCAACCGGAGGACGACUUUUCUCCUGCAACACAGGCGACAGCUCUGCCGGAAGCCUCCACUGAUAAUCCAGAGGUCACAACCCUUCCAUUCACCACAGCAGCUUCAGCAUCUACAGGACUCACACAGGACGACACAGCCGUGGAUGCGUCACAGUUCACCACGCUGGAAUUGACAACCAUCCCUGACGAAACCACUUCCAACCCUGAUCCACUAAAUACUGAGAGCAACUCAGGGGAUUCAACAACGGGGCUUCAAGAUCCCUCCACCAGUGUAUCCCCAGAGCUCGAUGCCCCGACGACUCACGUUCCCUCGUCCACAUCGGAAGCACGGGACGAGACCACAGAUGAGGUUCCACCACAAGUUGCCACUGCAGAUCCAGUGAAAGUCACAGACCUGACCGAGCGACCCCAACCAACCAAACCCAUCGAGCAACCACAACCAACCAAACCCACAGAGCCAACACCGUCCAAACCCACCGAGCAAACCAGUCCCUCCAAACCCAGUGAGCAAACCCAACCAUCCAAACCCAGCGAGCAACCACAACCAUCCACACCCAUCGAAGGAACCCAACCAUUCAAGCCUACCGAACAAACCAGUCUGUCCAAACCCACCGAGCAAACCAGUCCGUCCAAACCCACCGAGCAAACCCAACCAACCAAACCCACAGAGCAAACCCAACCGUCCAAACCCACCGAGCGACCCCAGAGAAAACCUUUGCCUUUGCCAGUUAAACCAAUUCUGGUCAAAGACCCCCCCAAAGGCCCAGAGAUUAAACCUGUGGCCGUAGCACAAACUCUGAACAUAUACAAUCCACGAGACUACCAGGCAGAUGACAGCAACGAUACGAACCUGUGUAGCGGCCGCCCGGUGGGUGCAGUUACCACCCUGAGGAACGGCACGGUGGUGGUUUUCAGAGGACACUACUUCUGGCUCCUAAACAGACACAGGGAGCCAGGUCCGGCCAGAGGCAUCACACAAGUGUGGGGGGUCCCAUCCCCCAUUGACACUGUGUUCACGCGCUGCAGCUGUCACGGCAAAACAUAUAUGUUUAAGGGAUCUCAGUACUGGAGAUUUGACAAUGAUGCUUUGGACAGUGGUUAUCCUAAAGUCAUUAAUACCGGCUUCGACGGGCUGCGGGGCCACAUCACUGCUGCCCUGUCUGUGCCUCAGUACAACAGGAGGAGAGAGUCCGUGUACUUCUUCAAGAGAGGGGGACAGGUCCAGAAAUACUCAUACCAGUUUGGCACCAGUCCAUCAUGUGGCAGGAAAGUCCAGUACCCCGUGCACAAUGUCCACCACCGGAUUGUUCGACAAGCAGUGUCUGCUCUAGGCCCAGUCAUCAACAUCCGGACGUCCUGGACAGGUUUCCCCACCAGCAUCACAGCCGCUGUGUCCGUGCCCAGCACCAGGGAACCAGAGGGAUACAAAUACUACGUCUUCUCCAGAUCCAAAUCCUACAGCGUGAGGCUGGAUGGUGAACGUCCUGUUGUGGCCGCUGCGCCCGCCGGCGUGUCCCCUCAGAGCAGCAACUUCAUCAAAUGCCCAAGGACAUGAAAACCAGAGACUGUUUGUUUUUUCUCACCAACUUUCUUAUCGUUUAUUACAUCCCUAUUAAAACCCAUCGCAUCAGCACGGACUUGUACAAGUACAUUAAAAAUAAAAGCAGAAUAUAAAAACAACAGGCUUCAGAACACGAGAACAGAUAUCAGGACAGAGUCGAGAGCACAGACGUGGGAUGUUUCUGGAGGGACUGACGAGUCGUCCAGUCGUGGUCGUCAAGUUUCCAGAUGAGUGCUUCAUCUGGCGAAUCGUCUGCCGUAUGAUCCCCGAGAAGGAAACGGCUGACCUGUUCACAUGAAAUAUUAUUUCAAACAAAUCCUGUAACACCUGUGAAGAAAAUUAUCUGUAUUUGUAUUGUAAUGAACAUUCUGUGUUUUUUAAAUCUACAAUAAAAACUCAAUAACUCACA